AUGCGUUGCGCUCGUAGAUUGCUUUCUUUUGCCGUAACAACACAUGCAAUUGGAUUCUGUGAUGCAUUAAACAAGAUUCGCUCACAGAUUUAUGUCUCAGUUACAAUGAUAUCUAAGGAAAUUAUUUUACCGGUCUUGAUUGUGCCGCCGAAAAGUGUUAGCCGAAUAAUUGGAUGUACUGCAAUAGCAAAUCGGACAGUGGCAAGAUUUUGUAAUAAAAUCAAGCCGGUUAUCAAUAUGCCGUCAGGUGAUGAAAAAGGCAUUGUUUUUUGUCCAGAAAAGAUUGAUAAUGAGGCUCGCGUUAGUGUUCUUAAAAUCGUUGAUGAUAUCACUGAUUCGUCAGUACGAUUCGAUUCUUAUUCUUUGACAAUGCAUUACGAUGAUUGGCCGGUGAAGUCGUGUAUCAGUGCAAUUUUACCCAAGGGCCUGGAAUUCGGGUUAGUAUCUCAUUAUCUUAAAGUGAUUAAUGGAUGGAACACCAAGAGGCUGAUCAUCAGGCGAUGCAGUGUGGGUCAAUUUCCCUUCUUUUCUUCCUUUCUCACUUUAUUUGCUCCUCCACUUAUAUCUAUUUCUUCUCAUCCGUCUUGCAAAUCAGUUAUAUGA